AUAAAGUACCGGAAUUUAAUAUUGAGUACCAGCGCAAGGAAAGCGCCUUCUGGCAGAUUAUUGCUAGACUGCAGCGCUGAUGACCCUCCUAUUAUAUGACAGGGAAGGAAUAUGUCUACACGAAUUCGCAGAUCCUGAUCUCUAGAUCUCCAAAUCACAAAAUCUGAAAUCGCUAAUAUUUUAUUAGUAGGCCUAUAACGUUAGGCAAAUGGUGACUGUGACCUACCCUCAGCCACUAGCUGCUUCAACAGUUUCCCAUAAUGAGUAUGACGAACUUUUCGAAUGACGUUCGGCGUGCAUCUGACGUCACAUGGCGGUCGAAACGUUCGCAAAUUUUGUCAAGUUCGAAAAUUGUCAAGCAUUGCUUUCAUAUGUAACGUUACGUUUUCAUUUGGAAACAUGGAGGCACUGAUAGGGGACGCUGGCCAGGGUGAUAAUCGGAGGAGUACAUUGUGGAAUUUUCUGGAGCGUCCUUGCGUCUUGAACUUUCCUGAAGGACCAGUGAAAGCGGAAGGGAAUCAGGAGAACGCUUCCAGGUUGCCGACUCGUCUUCGCCCUCGGACGAGGCUAUCGCAUGAGCGAAGCGUGUCUGUAGCCAGACAGCUGAACGCCACCCUGAGAGAGGCUACCAAGGCAAUCGUCGCCCAGAGAGCAGACAGAAACGUGCAGGACGGGGAGACCAUCAAGUCUAACGUCAGAGAGACCAGGGCCGUCCCUCAGGCCACCGGUCGAGCCGGCGCGCGAGACCAGGCUACCGCUCCUGAAAAGAAAGCCUCUCAGGUCCGUCGAAAGCCCACGAUUAGGAAUGAUGCGGAGUUCGAAUAUCAGUGCCGACCACAUCAGAAUGGAGAAAGGACACGAGCAAAGAAAAGUCACCGGAUCGAGUGCGUCUCCCGAUCUCAGGCGAGGAGAAAAGGUGCGCCGUGGACGCUAGGCUGUCCACCGCCUGGCACAUACUAUGAUUCCUGCCUGUCCAAAACAGCACACAUCUAUCAUGACGUGGUCGCAGGGGAGAGAGUGUUCGUAAACUACAUCCCCGACGAUCCCUGCAAGUGGGAGUCCACAGACGAUGUGGAGCUUUCGGUCUGCCAGCGGGGCGUCACCCCCAGCGACUACGCCGACCACAGCGGGCGCAUCAUUCCCCGCUACCGUCGGCACCUGGACAAGAUGUACAGGAAAGUUCUUCGGCAGGUGGCACGGGAGCUGAGGAAGUACGUGCGCGGAAAGUUUAGAACUAGAACAGGUGACAAGGACUUAACGAGCACAGAAGGAAGGAUUUAUAGUCCGGGUAAUUGAAAGAUGGAGAAUCAGGGCUGGACUUAGAAUCUGAUAUCCGAGCAAGUGACAUCUACCGACACUUUAUUGCUAGGAAAAGUAUUUGGCCUUUUAGCCUGUAUCAUAUUUUCAUAUAAAAAUCGUUCAUCAUUGACAAUCUCAUUCCCUGCUCUCCUUCAUAACAAGUCGAAAAUGUAAGUGAAUUCUACAUAAUUAUAAGAUAUUUGAUAUUUGGGCAAUUUGCAAAACUACCUCAAAACAGAUAUGUUAACAGACAUAGGGUUGUCUGCUGGUGAUGUACCGUAAUCCUAUAUGACCAAAUACUUGAAAUAAAUGGCUCUGUCAUUUUUCUAUUGGGA